AUGUGGAGGUCGAUACCUAUACGACAAAGAUGUGCUAUUCUUCGAAACUUUAACACCGUACACGCUUCACCGAUCCAGGUUCCUCUCUAUAAUUUGGCAAUAAACCCCACACAAUCUACUAUUUCUUCUUUCUUAGAUUCUCCUCAAUUUUCCAACUCUAUUAACAACCCUAGAUUCUUAUCUCAACAAAUCGCUACUGAAAAAGAGGUUCCUAUCGAUUCACAUCCUUCUGAAAACCACAUUGACGAUGUUCGCCUCGAAACUGAUGAUUUCGCAGUUUCUAAUGAUGACGAUAAUAAUGAACAUGGUUUUGGAUUAGAAGAAGAGGAAACACUAAUUUUCCAGAUUAAUGAUAAGAAAUUGGAGAAAGUCGUAUCUCUUCUGCAUAGUAGUGGAGAAUCAUUUAGCAAGAUUUGUCUUGAGGAUAGUGUGGCAUCAGAUGACACCUUGUAUGAAUCAGCCAACUACUCUUCAAGGGCCAUCAAAUAUUCAUUUACAGAUAAUAUCUCCGUUAGCUCGUCUUAUCGGGCUCUAUUGCUACUUGAGGAACCACAACUUUUUAAAUCUCCAAAAAUCAGAAAUACACAGAAGAAUAGUGUGUCCUUUUCAUCUAGCUGUCUUGGAAGUUCAAACAAACUGGCAAAAGAAAAUUCUAGUUCCAAUCACGAUUUGCUAAGGAAGUCAUUUACAAAGGAUGAACUUAUGCGAUCCUCACUAAGAUCAAGCAAGGUUUUUCCAGGUCUGACUGAGUCCUUGGCAACAAGUAUUUAG